UUUAAGGUAUUUGUAUCUUUUAAAGAAAAUCUUUAUUUAUACGUAGCUUAAAUCAGAAAUUUACGAAACAUGUUCUUAAAAAAAAACAAUCAAUAUAAACCAUAGAAAACAAUGUAAAAUUAAAUUUAACAACUACCUACAGAAGUACCGAAGACGUCAAAAGCUGUAAUUAGCUGCCACGUCACCAAAUAAUUACCUAAAUGAUGGUGAUAGCCUCACGAUAGCAAUGAAUGGGUUGGGAACCUCUCGAAGACAAAGGGAUGCAAAUCCUUCUUCAAGCGGUCAGUGAGAAGGAACCUGACGUACUCCUGCCGAGGAAACAGGAACUGCCCCAUCGACCAACAUCACAGGAACCAGUGCCAGUACUGCAGGCUCAGAAAAUGCCUCAAGAUGGGCAUGAGGCGAGAAGCUGUCCAGAGAGGCCGAGUGCCACCGACGCAGCCCUCCGGCCUCGCCCUGCCCGGCCAGUUCUCCCUCGCCAACGGCGACCCCGCGGGCGGCCUCAACAGCCACCCCUAUCUCUCCUCCUACAUCUCCCUGCUGCUCCGAGCGGAACCCUACCCAACGUCAAGAUAUGGCCAGUGCGUCCAACCCACCAACGUCAUGGGAAUAGACAAUAUCUGCGAACUAGCUGCAAGAUUACUGUUCUCCGCUGUCGAAUGGGCGAGGAAUAUACCGUUCUUCCCCGAUUUACAAGUCACUGAUCAAGUGGCGUUACUCCGGCUCGUAUGGUCGGAACUAUUCGUCCUAAACGCUUCCCAGUGUUCCAUGCCCCUACACGUGGCUCCUUUACUGGCGGCUGCGGGUCUCCACGCGUCACCCAUGGCGGCGGACCGAGUGGUCGCCUUCAUGGACCACAUCCGCAUCUUCCAAGAACAAGUGGAGAAGCUGAAAGCGCUCCACGUCGACUCGGCGGAGUACUCCUGUCUGAAGGCCAUCGUCCUCUUCACGACAGAUGCCUGCGGCCUGUCAGACGUGUCCCACAUAGAGAGCUUACAAGAAAAGUCCCAGUGCGCCCUCGAAGAGUACUGCAGAAGUCAAUACCCCAACCAACCUACAAGGUUCGGGAAAUUAUUACUCAGGCUGCCCUCGCUUCGAACUGUCAGCUCCCAAGUCAUUGAGCAACUGUUCUUCGUGAGGCUCGUAGGGAAGACGCCCAUAGAAACGUUGAUCAGGGACAUGCUGCUAUCCGGGAGCUCGUUCUCCUGGCCCUACAUGGCGACCAUGUGACACACGAUGUGGAGACAGCUGGCGGCCGCCUGAUCCUCGCCGUACGGCUUCCCGCCGUACUUGCCCAGCCAGCGGUUCGACCCGUUCCAACGAUUCCAACGAGAAGUCCCCCAAGAAGACGCCGUCACCAGCUCCAGCGAGUUCCAAGAAGCAGCGACCGAAGAAUACUUCGGAUCCAGGAGCAGGGACAGCGAGCGAACUGAAUGCCCAACCUUCGAUCCCAUAUCAGCUUUUUACCCCCCGAAAACAACUGAGAGCCAGGAGUUUGAAACGACGCAAAGUGACACUCAGAAAAACGCUCAAAAGACUUCCAUGAUGAUCGACAACCUACUAAAUCUACGGCCGGAACCGUGCGACAUGAAAUGAACAUUUAGUGGUCUAUUAGUUCAAGUUUUUUUGUUCCUCUGUAAAAAUACUUAGGCUUAUAUUUAAUUGUACAUAAAAUGUUUUAUUGUAAUAUAGUUAUGAUAAGGUGCGAAAGGCAUAGAAGUUUUCUACGAUGUUUGUGAUAGGUCGGAGGAAUUCUUUUUAAUAUCCAUUACGUUCAAUGGUCCUUGUAUAUUAUGCGAGCGCCUUAAAAGAGUCAAUGGAUAGGGAAUAUUAUUUAUAUUUUCUUCUGUAAAGCCAAUGAGGUUUUUAUAUCAAAUCGAUUUAUAUGAUAAAAGGCAAUAAGAUUACAUCGGUCGUGCAAUGUUGGUGUGUAUGUAGUAAUAGUGUAGAUACUUAGUCAACGACAUAGUUUUUGGAUAUUUUUUAUUUCACAGUGGUGCUCUUUGGUAUUUAUUAAUUCAGAAUAAAUAUGAGAUUUGUAUGGCACUACCAAAAUUACUAGGAUCUCUCUCUUCUCACAGAAAUCAUUGGUUAUUUGAGUAAGUAAAGUUGCAUCAAUGUAAGAAUAUUAAAAAAGAGAUUGAUUAAGUAAAAGUGAAACAGCACGGGAAAAUGUAAGUAUUUUGGUAGAGGCUAAAGCAAAACUUUAUUUCAAUAAGUUUUGGCGUUAUUUUCUAAACUGUAAAUAUUUAUACAUGGUACAUGUCUACUUAAAUAAUUCCGUAAAAGCAUUUAUUGUAUCGUUCCUUAACUUUUUUUAGAGUUUUACGUUUUAUAUUGAAAAAGUAGCUUUCAUAGAAAGAUUUAUUAUUGUAUAAACUCUGCAGUUUAUGUUCUACUCUUAAAAGAUUUCUUAGUGAGAAAUAAAUUAUAUUUGUUUUAAAUUCCUAAGUAAAUACAUAAAGGUCAUACAGAAGGAACACAUUUGCAGGCAGCAGCUCAGGCAGUAACUGACUUGUUCAAUUCAAAAGACUCACAGGCCAAUUCAAACGUAUGCCUGACAUUAAACCGAUAUUUGAAUGAUAUUGGAAUCAUAUCAGCGCGUUCAUUUCAUUCUGACUUGCCCGUACUUGUAUUAGUGUGAGCGAGACGCCAAUAUGAUUCAAAUAUCAAUUUGCCAGGUGCACGUUCCAAUUGGCAUGUCAGUUACACUAUAGUUUGGUCAUCCACGAUGACGCGUAGAUUUUUAAAAUAUAAUCUUUAAUAACAUGAAAUUACGAGUCAAAUCACGCGUCAUCGUGAAAGACACGAUCUAGUGCAAAUUGCAGAAACUUUAAAUUCAAAGAAUGUUGGUAGUAAGAAGUACAAAAUUAAUAAUUAUUAUAACUCUUUCUGUACUAUUUGUGUGCCGGCAAAACGUCCCAAAUUAUCGCUUGCAAUAAGGACGCCUAAACAGGAUAUUCGUAUACAAAUUCAAGCAAAUCUCAUCCUUAUGGCAAGCGUCAAAGUGGGACGUUUUGCCGGCCGCGGUCCCUUUUUACCCUUACGGCCAGUCAGCUCUGUUUCAUUUUGUAAUAAGUAUGCACAAUUUUAUUUUAAUUUUGCAUUUUCUACUACCGUAUUUUUCUUGGAAACAGGAUGUUGGUGUUGUUUCAGAAUAAUAUUUUAAAACAUUAUAAAUUAUGUUUUGAUACUUACCAUUGUUUAUACGAUAAUGCAUCGUACUUUCUUAAUCUAACGGGUUUUAUUUUGAAUUAUUGUUUUAAAAACAUUUCUUUUUAAUUGCAAUAUUUAUUAAUGCAUUUAAUAUUCCUUCAAAUUCCACAGCCAAGUCAUCUUAUCCAUAUACUUGUUAUUUCCGAUAUACUUGUGCAAGUAACUUGAAGUGAUCUACUUGUCCGUUGUAAACGAGGCCUCAAGCUUCAUCUUCCUGAAGAAUAAUAUUUAUUUUUAGUAAUUUCAUAGUAAUUAAAACAAUUUUUCUGAAUAAAACCCUUACUAAUGUCUAAAUGACAAGUCUCCUGCCAAAUCUGUAAUAUAGAUGAACUAUUUUUAAAAUGCGCUCCCCACCUACGGUACACUUAAACUCGAAAACACACAAUUUUCCUUUUUUUAAAUGUUAACCAUAUCAAGUAAUUUAGGAGGAUUUUUAAUUGUUUGAGAAAGCAAUGAAAAAAUUAAAAUGCUACUUUAUUUGGUUUUUUAAAGGUUCUAAUUAGACUGAAACAGGGUGUACAUUGUAAUGUACAAUGGGCCUUACGAAGUUAAAGCAUAAUCUUACUACUGUUGUUUGUAUACCCCAUUUCAUUUACCAUGGCGGGAUUCCACUUGAAACUGCAUAAAUAAAACCAUAAUGUUAAUCUAUUGUUUAACAAUUGCUUUACGAGCUCUGCUCUUCAAAGCCAGCGUGUGGUCAAAUUAUAACACAAAAAGAUCAAAACUGGACAGUUACAUGUAAGACGUGCCGCAAAAAAGUUUGCGGGGUAUCUUUUGCUGUCACUACUUGUAUUGUUUACGCCCAGUGACCGUCUUAAGUGGAUCCCGCCAUAGUAAAUGAAAUGGGGUACAUAACUGCGUUGUUGUGUCGGUAAGGUUACUUCGAUUGAGCAUAGUUGUUAGAGAGGAGAGCGCAUUUUAUAACUGAUUUAUCUCUAAGUGUAAAAAGCAAUGUAGGUAUUUAUUCGCAAUAAUGUACAGUGAAGGUGUAACAUAGGUUGGCGUGUAUGAGACUGUAUGAAUUGUAUGAUGUCUGGAGUAAUGUUGAGGAAUAAAAAAAUGUCUCUCUGGAUUUCA